GUGGAACAAUCGUUGGUCGUGGUUUUCGGGGGGGGGGGAGACAAAUAGUGCAACACACGCGGAAGGAAGCACGACGUUUUCAACACGACAAACGCUCUCAAUUCUGAUCGCGGCCCUCUACGCCGGAAUGUUUUUUGUAUUACUUUUAGGAUGAAUGUGGCGAAUUUGAAUUGGAGUGUGAGAACGCUUCCUGGGAGGUGAGCCAGGUUGUCAUGGUGAUACUGCCGGAAUGGCAGCGGGCGGCUGCGGCGGACCUCGGCAGGAGCGGCGCUGAAGUGAUGCCCGGUGAAGACGCCGGUUCGGGGGCUCGGGCCUCCACACCGGUGGGGUAUUUGGGAAAAGUCCAAGAGAGGGCGGCGUCUCUGGACUUCUGCCCGUGGUGCGCGUCCAAAGGCCUGCGCUCGUCCCUGCGCUUGUGCCGCCUCAACCUGCACGAGUCCGUCACGCUGUGCACCGAGCCUCAGUGUCUCUUCCCUCUGGUCAGCCGCCCCCUCGAGGACGUUUUGGCAAGUUUGGCCCCAGCGGAGACGACGACGGCGGCCGGCGGCAGGAAGAGAAAGGCGUCGUCCCGGACGGAAAACGAAGGCGACCGCCAGGAAGUCAAAGUCAAGUGUCUGCGCUCUGGCCAACUGCACACGCGAGCACCAAGUCCGGUUCCAAGUGGCCCUCACGAGACCGCCGUGACACACGUUGAGCCGUCCGACGGGGUCCCUCGUCUGCCCCAAGACCGCCUCUCCCAUCAGAGGGCGGCAGCCACCGCCGUCGGACCUCCGCGGCGUCUGCCCGAGGAAAACUCUCGGACAGACGACGAGGGCGAUGGCCCCGCAGAGCAACUCGCCGGGGGUCCUCGCAAACCCGUCGAUGCUUCCGGCGGGUUUACAAGUGCUGCCGAGGGACCCGUCGCCUCCCCAGAGGAACCUGUUGACACGUCGCUCGGGACAGUUCCCGAGCAAACGGCGGAAAUUCCCGACGAAUCCGUCGUCCGGGAACCCUUCGGCGUUCCGGCGGCGCCUCUCUUCUGGAAAAACGCUCACAACCUUUGCUGGUUGGACGUCCUGCUGGUGGUCCUGGUCAACUGCGAGAGCCUGAGGAGACGCAAAGGCCGGCACGAGCCCCGGCCCGCCGCCGUCUGGCGCCUGAUGAGCGGCUACGACCGCGCGCGCGACGCCCUCCAAGCGGGAAGCGAUGAGCAAGCGAGGGUUCGCCGCGACGCCGCCGAGCGGCUGCAGAAUCUCAGGAUGGCCGUCUUCGAGUUGCUUCGGCCGCAGCUGCGCUGCCAGCUCGGCCAGAAAGAGAGUCCGGUCUUCGCCAUGCCGCUCCUGCUGGCGGCCGACUCGUGGGCGGAGCCUCUCUUUCGGACCACGUUCUGCUGGGAGUUUGAGUGCGCCGAGUGCAAGACGGUCACCAGGGAGAGGGUCACCAAAACACUUCCCACAUUCACUAACGUGGUGCCGGAUUGGCACCCGAUGCGUGCCGCCCACUGGGCGGUGUGCAACGCCUGCGGCGCCCGGCGCCAGCGCAGGAGCAUGAAGCUGGAGAGGGUGGCCGCGGUGUUGGCGCUGCACUUUGAGGAGGGCGUGCCGCACGGCGACCUGGACGCGCUCGCCUUCACCUUGGAGGGCCGCCGACACGCCGUCACGGCGCUCGUCCAGUACGACCGGCGUGCCGAGCACUUUGUGGCGUGGACGCGCACUCCCAGCGGCUCCUGGCUCGAAUUUGACGACUUGAAGCACCCGCAGAGCCCGCUCCACCCCACGCUGCCCGUUCCCGCUCGGGAAAUGCACCUUGUCUUUUGGGAAGCGCAAGAGGCUUCUCCCGGCUCUGGCGCCUGUUCCCCGUCCAGCACGCGACCAGAUUCUCCGCCGUCCCGCUGCGUGGUCCCGGACCGGCACUUCCUCGCUCACGGCGAAGAGGAGGAGAGCGAAGUGGCAACGGCGGACGCUUGCGAGGACGUGUCCAUCAGCUCCGUCACGCUACUGGACGCCUUCCACGGCCUGUCCCACGACGACAUCGUCACGCUCACCCUGACGGAGGUCGCAGCCGAUGCGCCGACGGAUCACGCGGCGCUUCUGGACGACAUCCCCGCGCCGGACAGCUCCUCCCUGACACCCGAAGACCCCGGCGAGACCCCCCCGCAGUCAGCAGAGUCCGACGCCGACAACGAUCCCGAUUAUGACCCCGCUUCGGAAGAAGCUCCGACGAGGCGCAAAAGGAUUUCCAAAGUCAAACAUGAACGAGCCGGAAGGACGGCUAACGUGAAGCCGUCGCCGCAGGAGGUGGCCGCUCAAGCCUCCGGCCCGCCGCCUCUCGGUGUCCGGCGGGCGUCGCCUGUGUCCUCCACCGGGGGGCCGCCAUCGCCGCCCGGGGACCACAACUCGCGCUGGUCCUUCCUGCUCAGCCAUCAUCUUGCCAAUCAAAGGCCAAACGGCACCACGCCCACUCCUGCGCAGCGUCCUCCCAGUCACUCCACGCCCGCUUGCAAACCUCAGCUGCUGCCUAUGGAGGACCGCCACGGUCACCCCCUGAAGGCCGCCGAGGCGUUUGGCGCGUUCGGCGCCGCCGUCCAAUCCCCGCCGGCAUUUUCCAAAAGCGGGAGUUGUCAUCAAAGCCUCAGUCAAAUCCAAGCGGGGUCUCCUCCGGCCCGCGGCCCGCCCGCCGUCCUGAGCGACACGGAGGCGCUGCGCUACAAGCUGCUGAAGAAGCUGAAGGCCAAGAAGAAGAAGCUGGCCAAACUCGACCGGCUGCUGGCGCGCCGGCCCGACAGCGCGGCGCCGAUCUCGCCCGGCGGCUUCUUGCCGCAAGAUCUGCUGCUCCCCUCGCCCUCCGCCGCCGUCUCGCCCGACAGCUCGGGCUUCCUGGACACGCUGGCCUGCCGCCAAGACGCGACCCCCGACGCCCCGCAGCCGCCGAUGCAUCCGGAAAAUUUCCUGGACGAGUUUUUCUCCAUGACGCCAGUAGCGGCUCAGCAAGCGAUGGAGGACGAGACGCUCCGAGAACUGGAACUUUUACUUUCAUAGCAACAGCACCGCCCCGGGUGGAUUUUUUUU